AUGAAGUACAUCGGAGCAGGGCUCAUAGAAAAAGUAGCUGUAAGAUUUCCACGCUGUUUCUGGAAUUCGCUCCUCAAAAAGGACGGCACACUUGACUAUUUCAGUCAUGCCCCACGAAAGAGUAGCGAUCGUGGCCUCUUCAAUAUGUUCUACGACUUCUCACGCAGGGAUGCAAACGGAGUGGCGCCGUUUUACGUGCUAAUGUCGUACGUUUGCGGUGAUUCUGUCGAUAUCGUGAACAAGUACAGUGAUGAAGAGGAUAUACCAGAACCUGACGGAGCUGUGGUAACUCAUUGGGGCAGAGAUCCACAUAUUGGUAUGUCCUACAGCUAUGUUCGUAUUGGUGGAAGUGGAACUCACUAUGACGACUUGGCGGCUCCAAUCGACGGAAAGCUAUACUUUGCUGGAGAGUGCACAAAUCGAUUCUUCCCACAAACGAUGACCGGCGCCUACAUCAGCGGACUUCGUGAAGCAGGACGCAUCUGGGAGUCCUCCCACAAUGAAAUAUGGAUUGACUAG